AUGGCAAUGGCAAUGCUGCGAGACUGGUGCAGGUGGAUGGGUGUCAAUGCCCAGCGCUCAUUGCUCAUCCUGGGCAUCCCUGAAGACUGCAAGGAAGAUGAAUUCCAGGAAGCAGUGCAGGCUGCCCUAUGGCCCCUGGGCAGAAGCUUUUCUGGGAUUGAAGAGCCAGCCUGUGGGGAAGACUCCUUCGAGAGCUGGCUGGAUCAUGCCAACGACAUGCUGUACCUGUGGCGCCACAUAUCCGAGAGGGAGAGGAGGAGGAGGCUGGUGGAGAGCUUGGGUGGGCCCGCCCUGGAUCUCAUGUGCGGGCUCCUGGAAGAACACCCAGACACUCCUGCACAGGACUGCCUGGCCGCGCUGGUGCAGGUGUUUGGGAACAAGGACACCCGGAUGACUGCACGCCUGAAGUUCCUGACUUGCUCUCAGCGGCCUCAGGAGACUCUCUUUGCCUACGUGAUGCGCCUGGAAGGCCUGCUGCAGGUAGCCUUGGAGAAGGGGGCCAUCCAUCCGGCUAUUGCUGACCAGCUGCGAGCCCGGCAGGUGCUGAUGAGGGCCCGACCAAACCAGAUGCUCCAGAACAACCUGAGGAGGAUGCGUCUGGAGAGGAGGCCACCCGGCUUCCUGGGGCUUCUCCGGCUCAUUAGGGAGACUGAGGCAUGGGAGGCUGCCCUACCUAGGAAUGAGCAGGUGGAAGGUGAAGAGGGUGCUGAAGUUUACCAAAGAGAUCUAGCUGCUGCCCAGGCUGCACCUGACAACAAAGAUAAUGCUGAGGCCACUCUAUCCAGUGAAAAUGCCAGUGAGGCAGCACCUACCAUUAAAGAGGCCAAUACCUCCCCUGCCACUCAGGAAAAUGAAGAUGCUUUUUCCCCUGCAGGCCUGGGCCAGGCAAGAUCAUUGGAGGCCUUUAGUGGCCUCACCCCAGCCCAGAUGGGCAGUGCUUCUGAUGCUGGCCCAGGAGGGCCUGGUUUGGGGCCAGAGAGCCUCCUCCAGGGGGAAAAUCAGGAGGCUGAGGAGCCCCUGCUGGAAGGGCUUAAGGACAUCCUGGAAGAGUUGGGAAACAAGGAUGGGGCUGGGGAGACGAGCCACCCCAAGCCCUCCUUGGGCAAAUAG